GAAUUUUUUGUUGACAUCUAAGCUUAAAGUGAAACACCACCAUUUUUAUGGACUUGAGCAACUCUCCGGAAAUUGCUUAAGCGAAAAGUCUGCUGCUUUUGUCUUAAAAAAACUUUGAAUAUUGUUGACUCAAGUCUGAAAAUCCGCAACUGAAACUCCCGGAAAAGAUCUGCCACCACCGGACCAACUCGGUUUCUUCUCUUUUCUAAUCACUUCUUCUGUUUCUCCAACUUCUGUGAAAAAGAUGUCAGAUUGACUCGAUUUCGUUGCUACAAAUGGAGAUGGGUCUUUCUUAUUUAUCUUACUAGAUUCGAGAGGUGUGUUCUUUCUCUAUUCUAUUGGCUUGAAUCUUAGCUUUCGUUUUUCUCUGAUUACCUUCCCCUGGAAUUUAAAAAAAAAAAACUCAAAGGCGGUUUCUUUUCUCAGUACUACGAAUAUCGAGGAACAUAGAUCUUGAUUCCUUUGCCUUCUUCUGGGUAUGCGUGUUUGGAGUUGUUUAAUCUCAUUGGUCUCUACGCGUUGUGGAAAUCUAUGAAUACCAAGUCAGUUAUGUUUAAUUGGUUCAUUGGAUCUCAACUUGUAGAGAGCCUCAAGAUUGUGGCUGGAUUUGAUUAGGGUUUUAGAUAGAGAGAUUAAAGAUUGGAUCAGAAGAUGUUAAGAUCUUUAGGUCUUGGAUUGCUUCUGUUUGCUCUUCUUGCUCUGGUUUCUGGUGAUAACGAUUACGUGAGCUGUAAUUGUGACGACGAAGGUUUCUUAAGUGUCCACACCAUCUUAGAAUGUCAAAGAGUGAGUGAUCUCUUAAUAGCCAUUGCCUAUUUCUCAAUACCUCUCGAGCUUCUCUACUUCAUUAGCUUCUCCAAUGUUCCUUUCAAAUGGGUUCUUGUUCAAUUCAUUGCCUUUAUUGUCCUAUGUGGAAUGACUCAUUUGCUUAACGCUUGGACGUAUUACGGACCACACUCUUUCCAGCUUAUGCUUUGGCUUACCAUCUUUAAAUUCCUCACGGCGCUUGUCUCGUGUGCCACGGCUAUCACGCUCUUGACUUUGAUUCCGUUGCUGUUGAAAUGGAAAGUUAGAGAGCUUUACUUGAAGCAGAAUGUGUUGGAGCUUAAUGAAGAGGUUGGAUUGAUGAAGAGGCAGAAGGAAAUGAGUGUGCAGGUGAGAAUGCUUACUCGGGAGAUCAGGAAAUCGCUCGAUAAGCAUAUGAUUCUGCGGACUACUCUCGUUGAGCUAUCCAAGAUUCUUGAUUUACAGAACUCUGCUGUUUGGAUGCCUAACGAGAACAGAACCGAGAUGCAUUUGACUCAUGAGCUUAGAGCGAAUCCGAUGAGGAGUUUCAGGGUAAUCCCGAUUAAUGAUCCCGAUGUUGUUCAGGUUAGGGAGACCAAAGUAGUGACAAUUUUGAGGAAAAACUCUGUUCUUGCGGUUGAGAGCAGUGGUUGUGGCGGUUCGGAAGAGUUUGGACCGGUUGCUGCAAUUCGGAUGCCGAUGCUUCACGGAUUGAAUUUCAAAGGAGGCACUCCCGAGUUUGUGGAUACUCCUUAUGCUAUAAUGGUUUUGGUACUUCCGAGUGCGAAUUCACGGGUUUGGACCGAUAAAGAGAUCGAGAUAGCGGAAGUUGUUGCUGAUCAAGUAGCGGUUGCUAUCUCUCAUGCCUCAGUUCUUGAAGAAUCACAGUUAAUGAGAGAAAAACUCGGUAUUCAAAACCGAGCUUUACUUCGAGCAAAACAGAACGCGAUGAUGGCAAGUCAAGCGAGGAACACUUGCCAGAAAGUGAUGAGUCAUGGAAUGAGGAGACCAAUGCACACAAUUCUUGGUCUACUCUCCAUGUUUCAGUCCGAAAGUAUGAGUCUUGACCAGAAAAUCAUCGUUGAUGCGCUCAUGAAAACAAGCACAGUUCUCUCAGCUUUAAUCAACGACGUGAUUGACAUUUCGCCUAAAGAUAACGGGAAAUCUGCAUUAGAGGUUAAACGGUUCCAGCUACAUUCCUUGAUAAGAGAAGCCGCUUGUGUUGCUAAAUGCUUAAGCGUUUACAAAGGUUACGGUUUUGAGAUGGAUGUUCAAACGCGGUUGCCUAAUUUAGUAGUAGGAGAUGAAAAGAGAACGUUUCAGCUUGUGAUGUAUAUGCUUGGGUAUAUCUUGGAUAUGACUGAUGGAGGCAAAACCGUUACGUUCCGAGUUAUCUGUGAAGGUACUGGAACAAGUCAGGACAAGAGCAAAAGAGAAACUGGAAUGUGGAAGUCCCAUAUGUCCGAUGAUUCCCUCGGUGUGAAAUUUGAAGUUGAGAUUAAUGAGAUUCAGAAUCCUCCAUUGGAUGGUUCGGCUAUGGCUAUGAGACAUAUUCCGAACAGAAGAUAUCAUAGCAAUGGGAUUAAGGAAGGCUUGAGCUUAGGCAUGUGUAGAAAACUUGCACAGAUGAUGCAAGGAAACAUAUGGAUAUCACCUAAAUCGCAUGGACAAACACAGAGUAUGCAAUUAGUUCUGAGGUUUCAGACAAGACCAUCGAUUAGGAGAUCAAUCUUAGCAGGAAAUGCUCCAGAGCUUCAACAUCCGAAUUCAAAUUCCAUUCUUCGUGGUCUAAGAAUCACUCUAGCAGACGAUGAUGAUGUCAACAGAACCGUGACUAAGAGACUUCUUGAGAAACUCGGCUGCGAAGUAACUGCUGUCUCGUCUGGAUUUGAGUGUUUGAAUGCGUUGUCAAAUGUGGAAAUGUCGUAUAGAGUUGUGAUUUUGGAUCUGCAGAUGCCGGAGAUGGAUGGUUUCGAAGUAGCAAUGAAGAUAAGGAAGUUUUGUGGACAUCAUUGGCCAUUGAUUAUAGCUUUGACUGCUAGUACUGAAGAUCAUGUUAGGGAAAGAUGUUUGCAAAUGGGGAUGAAUGGUAUGAUCCAGAAACCGGUUCUUUUGCAUGUUAUGGCUUCUGAGCUUAGACGGGCUUUGCAGACCGCGAGCGAGUGAUUCGAGCUCAGAGAAGGAAGCAGAUAUCAAUGAAUCUUGAAAAGCAAAAAUCUUGAAACGAAGAAAAGCAGAGUGAGGAUUCUUUGAAGAUGUGAAGCAUAGAGACACCUCUCUGGGGAAAUGUUUUUGUUGUUGUUGUUGUCUCGGUUCUACAGUGAUGAGAAUUGAGUCAGUUUUCUCUAUUUAGCCUAGUUUGGAGAUUGGUUGGUUCGAAACUAUUUAUACGUAAUGAUUUCGCAUUUUUAGCGAAAAAAUAACAUAAGUUUAUUAGAUUUAAUAAUAAUUAAUUUUAUAAUUUUGUCUUGAGUAAAUUCUCUCUGAAUAUUUAUACAAUUCUUUUUUUGCAUCUCAUUAUUAAAUUCAUCAU